CUGCGUUACCCGGCGUGACCGGCGACCAAAAAUUGGCCGAUCCUCUGUGAGAGGUUCAAUGGCCCGGACACACGAGGGCACAAGGUGGUGAACUCAACAGUCUGAGAUGGCCUGAUACGAAACGCCAAGUCAAGCCCCCUUAGCAUUAUGAAGACGCCGGAGGAGACAGUACUAGUAUUUAUCACCUGAGGAGAGAACUCGUCCCUCGCGCCCUCAGUCCCAAAACGCGCCUCUGGAAGGGCUUUCAGACUAUGAUAUAUAGGAAAGCCACCACACUACAUAGUACCAGCCAGUACUCACUCACUUCUCCCUAAAACGAACACCCACCAAAUACUUACUCAAUCCCAGCACUCCCAGCACUCCCAGCAAUACCACCUGGUAACUCCAUAGUUGUGUCUUGUCAAGUCAAAACAAUGGAGACGGCCCCGAUCAUUGAUGUCCCUGUGGUGAUCAUAGGUGGUGGCGGCGUCGGCCUGAGCUUGUCGUGUUUCCUGUCGAAUUACAAAGUCGACCACGUCCUGUUUGAAAAACACCCCUCGACCUCGGUCCUGCCCAAGGCUCACUACCUGAAUCAACGGACGAUCGAGAUCUUCCGCCAACAUGGCCUCUACGACGCCGUCACGGCGCAGUCCGCUCCGCUGCACAACAUGAGCCGCGUCGAGUGGCGGACAACCCUGGGUGGUGAUGGACCAUUCGACCGCCGCCUGCUGAGCUACAUGAACGCCGCCGGAGGUGGGCCCAGCUCGCCCACGACCGAAGCAUACAGACGAGACUCGGCAGUAUCCUCGUCCAACUUACCCCUGCUACGCCUCGAACCCAUCCUCCGCCGCAUCGCCGAAGAACGCAACCCCAGGGGCAUCUUCUUCAACACCCGAGUCGAUGACUGGGAAGAGACCGAAAACCACGUCCUAGUCACAAUCACCCAAGCGGAUGGCACGUCGGUCCGCUACCGCGCUCAAUACGUCGUGGCCUGCGACGGCGGCAAAAUGUCCACCAAGAAACUCGGCAUCAAGAUGGAAGGACUCGCUGGGAUCAUCGAUUUUGUCUCUACGCAUUUCAAAGCCGAUCUAUCUGACUAUUGGGAUGACCGCACCCUGAUAACACACUUCAUCAACCCCGAAGGCGGGUCCAUGGCGCAUCUCGACUGCGGCGCCCUCCUCCAGAUGGGCCCGACAUGGGGCCGGCACUCGGAGGAAUGGGUCCUGACAUUCGGCUUCCCCAUGACCGACAGCAAACGCUUCGACACCGAAGCCCUGCCCGCGCGCAUCCGCCAGCUCCUGAAACUGCCCGACCUGGACAUGCAAGUCCUGCACGUGAACCACUGGGUCCUCGACCGCGUCGUGGCCGACAAAUACCGCAGCCGCCCCAGUGGCCGCGUCUUCAUUGCCGGCGACGCUGCGCACCGUCGCCCGCCAGCCUCGGGACUCGGUCUGAACACGGGCAUCGAGGACGCGCUGAAUCUGAGCUGGAAACUGGCCUUCGUCCUGUCCCGAAAGGCCUCGCCGGCGCUGCUGGACAGCUACGAAGCCGAGCGCCGACCCAUCGGCAUCCGCAACAGCGACUGGGCCUUCUUCAGCUUCACCAACAUGAACGUGCUGACCGCCGGCGUCGGCCUCGUCCCGGGGGCCAAGGAGAUGAAUCACGCACGUUUCGCGCAACUGUUCGAGGACAGCGAGCGUGGGCGCGCCGCCCUGCAUCAUGUCCGUCGCGUGCUGAAGACCCAGAACGUCGAGUACAGCGCGCAUAACAUUGAGUUGGGCUUUGACUAUGAUAAUAGUACCGCUGACGACUCCGCUGACGGUGCUGCUGCUGGUGUGCUGGUCGCAGAUGGCAGUCCCGCGCCAGACGUCGAUCCAGAGGGUCAAGUCUACGUCCCUACGACGCGGCCGGGACAUAGACUGCCGCAUGCGUGGAUCAUACAGGAUGGCAAAGUCAUUUCCACGCACGACUUGAUCAAGGGCAAUAUCAAAAGCAAGGUCGGCAGUGGCGAGUCCGAAGGUAGGGCGGACUUCGUCCUGAUCACGGACGAGGAUGGAGAGAAGUGGGUCGAUGCUGUGGGGGAAAUUGGCGAGACUGAGACGACCAUUCUGAAGAACGUCAACAUUGCGACGGCGCAGAUCCGCGCGAGGGACAUCACACGACCGAAAGGUCUAUGUCUGGAUCAGGACGAUGCAUGGGCUGGUCUGAAGCAAGUCGGCGCCGGCGGGGCGGUGCUGGUCCGGCCGGACAAUUUCGUCGCGUGGAGAAGCGCAAAGAUGAGCGAGACUCCUGAAAAAGACCUGCGUGCCGCGCUGGCGAGUCUGAUGAGGUUGGAUCUGGACCUGGACAUGAAGACCAACCCUAAGUCAUCCGCCGACGAAGUUUCUGCGGUAGCUUUAGCUGCUGUCGAGGUCAAUGGUGGCAGUGCUGUCUCGGACGAUGCCAGCACGACUGGGUCGAGCAGCAUUGCCACGCCGGAGAAUGAAAGGCUCGAGCCCAUCAAGCUGGAUGUGGAGGCACACGAAGUGGGUGCAGAUGGUCUCGUUGAGGCCAUCAUCGAUGGGCUGCAAGUUCCGGUUGACGAGACUGCGGCUGGUGAAGAGGUUUUUGUGGUUGAAUAGGCGAGAAGUUCAUCGGCGUAGCUGUGUCCAAGGCUGUCUCGCAUCAUAUAGGUAGAGUGAGGUAUUGGUAUUAGUACAGUAUUCUAAGUUAACGGGGGUAUCCCGAACCCUUUCAAAAGAAACAAA